GCUCUUGGUCUCGCGCAGCCGCUGUACAGCAUCAUGUAAGUCAUUUCUUUUACCUGAAAAUUGAGGCUCGCCAAAUUCGUGAAACAAACAUUCUUUACUGCAAUACCGCUUAUUAGAAGCAUCAUCCCCUUUCGCUCUCUCAAAGUGUGCUCUCUCAGAAAUCAAUUGUUCUACGCCAGAAAGUCUCAGUUUUUUACGCAGAUUCACAAACCCUUGCAAGUGCUCUGUGUGAUUCUCUGAGCCAUGCUCUAAUCCCACGACCAAAUACUUGCAGUGUUCAUCGAUGCUUUUUAUCUUCGCUUUCUCUUCUUCGGUGGGGUUAUUCAGCGUAAAACACCAUCUCCCACAAGGUUGCUCACGCUUUGGCCUCUCUGCCAUCUCGUAAUGCGACCUACGGAACAGUAACCAACGGGGCCGCAUUGUGGGAGAUGCGGAGCGUUAACCCUAAAGGGUUAACGCUGACCGAUCAGCCUCGGUCGCUCGUCCCUCGCUACCCUCGGCCGUGCCCCCUACAACUCAUUACUAAUGCCGCGCUACCGCGCGGCAUCAAUAAUCUUACCUUUAGAUACAAGCUCUGAAGGUGGUGCCGGGGUGCUGGUGCCGAGGUCUCGGGUAAUUACCUUUGACCUCGGAAGUUCCCGCUACCGCUGGCGCGCAGUUCCGGUUAAGAGAAAUAGUUUGUUUACGUUGUUCCCAGUUCAGGGGUGUUCCUUCCACACCUCGGAGUCCGACAUGGGGAAAUCAUUUGCCAACUUCAUGUGCAAGAAGGACUUUCAUCCCGCCUCCAAAUCCAAUAUCAAAAAGGUAUGGAUGGCAGAACAGAAAAUAUCAUAUGAUAAGAAAAAACAAGAAGAAUUAAUGCAACAGUACCUUAAAGAACAAGAAUCAUAUGAUAAUAGAUUGCUUAUGGGAGAUGAACGUGUGAAAAAUGGCCUUAAUUUUAUGUAUGAGGCCCCACCAGGAGCUAAAAAAGAAAACAAAGAGAAAGAGGAACCAGAAGGAGAGACUGAAUACAAAUUUGAAUGGCAGAAAGGAGCUCCACGAGAAAAAUAUGCCAAAGAUGACAUGAACAUCAGAGAUCAGCCCUUUGGUAUUCAGGUUCGAAAUGUGCGAUGCAUUAAAUGUCACAAAUGGGGUCAUGUUAAUACAGAUCGAGAAUGUCCUUUGUUUGGUCUUUCUGGAAUCAAUGCAAGUUCAGUUCCCACUGAUGGCUCAGGGCCAUCGAUGCACCCCUCGGAGCUAAUAGCAGAGAUGAGAAACAGUGGGUUUGCACUGAAACGAAAUGUACUGGGGAGAAACUUGACCGCAAAUGAUCCAUCACAGGAAUAUGUUGCAAGUGAGGGUGAAGAGGAUCCAGAAGUUGAAUUUUUAAAGUCACUAACAACCAAACAAAAACAGAAGCUUCUCAGGAAAUUAGAUCGACUUGAGAAGAAAAAUAAGAAAAAGAAAAAAGAUAGAAAAAACAAAAAGCUUCAGAAGAGCAGAAGUAAACACAAAAAAAAUAAAAAUAAAUCAUCUUCCUCCUCCUCUUCUUCUUCCUCCUCUUCCUCUUCCUCCAGUGAGACUUCAGAAAGCAGCAGUGAGAGUGAAGGUGACAACAAAGAAACAAAAAUACAAAAGAGGAAAAGAAAGAAAAACAAGUGUUCAGGAAAUAGCAGUGAUUCUGAAGAGAAGAACAAGUCUAAAAAGAGAAAAUUUUAUGAAGAACUUUGUAGCAGUCACAGUAACAAGGAAAAAGGCAGAGAAAAGCCUGGGUAUUUAAAACAAGAAAGUUCUAGGAAAAAUAGCAAAUGGAGCCAUUCUGAUUCUUACAGAAAGUCCACAAGCUGUUAUCAUAGCCCAGGGAAGAGAGGAUCUGAAAGAAAUAAGAGGAACAGCAGAAGCCAGAGCAGGGGUGAGAGGAGUAGGAGAAGCCGAAGCCGAAGUCAUGGUAGUUACAAGGAAAAGGAGAUUAGAAAAUGGCCACAGCGAAGCCCCAGUGAAGAGCAAAACAGAAGAAAUGACAUCAGAAUCCAUGGCACAGAUACAUACAGAAGAGAGAAAAGUGCCCAGAGAGAACUCAGGAGAUGAAUGAAAUAAAGUGACAAAAAGAACGAAGCAAAAGUAGAAAGAGAAGAGACUGUAUGUGACAUUUACCUGGGAAUGAAAAUAUCUCCUCUUAUUAUUGAAUUCCUUCUGCAAGGGCUAACUUAUGCAUUAUUAUCUUUCUAAUAAAAAUUUUAAAAGUUCUGUUUUACUUUUCCAUCUCUGUAAACUAGCAUUUCAAGUACAAGACUUCUGGAGAACCAUAAGAAUUAAUUUUGUUAAUAAUUGUAAGUAAUCUGUUUUGGGGCUGUAGAACUAUUUUCUGUUGGUAAAUGUUUCUUGUGCUCUAUUCUAGAUUAAAAAAAAAUUCAUAUAACUGAUGUUUUCUUUGCUCUGAAAUAUUAAAAAAUGACAAUUCACUGAUUGGAUAUAUAAUUUUUUUUUUCAAAUUUGUUAGUACCUUUAAGACUUAAAUUUGCUUGAAGCAAAGUGUAAUCUUUGUUGAAAUUCACUAGUGUGACAAUUAAAACACCUUCAAGUGUUUUGUUCUACAGUUUGCUGUUACAUUUGGAUGAUAUAUUAGUUUUCUAUUGCUGCUGUAACAGAUUACUUCAAACUUAGUGACUCAAAACAACACAAAUUUAUUAUCUUAAAGUUCUGGAGGUCAAAAAUCUGAAAUGGAUCUCAGCUAAAAUCAACUGUAGUCAAUAGGGCUACGUUUCUCUUGGAAGCUCUAGGGAAAAAGCCAUUUCUUUGCCUGUUUCAGCUUCCAGAGGCCACCCACAUACCUUGGCUCCUGGCCCUUCUAUCUUCAACACUAAAAGAUGACUAGUCAAGUCCUUCCCACACUCAUCACUCUGGCAUUCUGACCUUCUGCCUCCCUCUUCCGCUUUUAAGGACCCAGGUGAUUACAUGGACCCACCUGGAUAACACAGGAAAAUCUCCCUAUUUUGAGGUCAACUGAUUAGCAACCUUCAUUCCCAUUUGCCAUGUAAUAUAACAUACCCACAGAUUCCAGAGAUUAAGAUAUAGAGGACUAUUAUUUUGCUUACCACAGAUGACCUUUUUACUACCUGGCAUACAAUUACUAAGAUUUUGCUUCUAAAGGUUAAGCAUGUAUAUAAUGUGACAAAUGGAACAAGGAAAACUAAAUAUAUUUCAUGAAUAUAUAGAUAUAUAAAGCAAAUUUAAGUAUACCUGCAGAUUUUUAAUUUGUAUUUCAAAGGAUACAGUAAAGGAAUUUAUGGAAAAAAUUCUUUAGUCCAAAUUACAAGUAACAUGCAAUUCCAAAACACAUGUUCUUCACAUCAUGAAUAAAAGUAUUUUUUUUAAUCAGGGUUCCAUGUUUUUUAUAUGUGAUAUUUAAUACAAACACUGAUUUGGUUGUGAGGGCUGGAAGUCACAAUUUUGUAAGGUCUGUAAGAAAGUAAAAGUUUGAAAGAUAGAGGAAUUAAAAUCACUCCAUAUAGUCUGACAUGUUUUUGUCUCAUCUAUUCAUGCAGAACAAAUGUCCCGAUUUAGAAGAAGCUAACUAAAGGCAUAAGCAACUCUUUGAUUAUUUAGAUUUUUUUAAGAGUAUAUGUGUGUUGGGGGGGGGGGGCUUGAAUUCCUUCCACAGUAUUCCUUCACUUGAAAAAAAAAGAACAUGCAUUUGAAAUUGAUAAAGACUGCUAAUUUACACUGUGAGUUCAUUAGUGUUGGUGUAAUUAUUUUCUAAUUUAUGCUUUUUAAGACUUUUUAAUUUUUAUAAUGUCAAAACCUAUGUAAUACUGCCUUCAAGGGUUUCUGAACCAAUACAGUGUAAAUGACAAGAAAUGUUCAAAUGCAUACUAUAAUUGAAAAUAAAUUAAAGAAAUACAU